GUCUCUCUCUCCACACUCUCCUCUCCAUUUUCUUCUAUCACCUCUUCAAGCCAUUAAUUGUAUCAUCUGCUUCUGCUUUCUCAUUGAUUGCAGAAAGCAGAAAUCAUCAUUUCUUAUACCAUUUAAAAGUGUAAAACAAAAUAAAAAAAUAAAAAAAGAACCAUCUGGUCCUCAUUUCAUUAUGAGUUCAAUUUGAGCUAUUUUUCUGUCUCUGACAUUGCACCGUUAUCUUGCUUCAUCCAGAAGCAAAUAAUCUUACCCAAAAAAAAACAUUUUUUCCACUUUUUGCCUUACUUAAAAUAGCUCUCUUUCUCUCAGGAAAAAAGAAACUCCCCUGUUUCUACUCUGUUUUGCCUUACUUAAAAGAGCUCUCUCAGAAAAAACUCCCCAGUUUCUACUCUGUUUUUGCUCUGUUUUCUCUAAAUGGAUCGAUUUUCGUCCACAACUUUGCUUCCUGAUGCAUUUUCAAGCACCAGAGAUGAUUUAACGGAGCAAUUGAGUAUAAUUUGGGAGCAAAUCAAAGCACCAUUGAUUGUUCCUAUUCUCAGAACUGCAGUGUUAUUGUGCCUUUUAAUGUCAAUUUUGCUCUUCAUUGAGAGAGUUUACAUGGGGAUUGUGAUUACCCUUGUGAAAUUUUUUGGUCGAAAACCAGAAAAGCGUUACAAAUGGGAAUCUUUAAAAGAUGAUAUUGAGCUAGGAAAUUCAUCUUAUCCGAUGGUUCUUGUUCAAAUCCCAAUGUAUAAUGAGAAAGAGGUUUAUCAGCUUUCAAUUGGAGCUGCAUGUGGCCUUUCAUGGCCUACUGAUCGUAUUAUAGUCCAAGUUCUUGAUGAUUCAACUGAUCCCAUUACCAAGAAUUUGGUGUCAAUGGAGUGUCAGAGAUGGGCAAGCAAAGGGAUAAAUAUAAAGUAUGAAAUAAGAGACAACAGGAAUGGUUACAAAGCAGGGGCAAUGAAGGAAGGAUUGAAGCAUCAAUAUGUGAAGGAGUGUGAUUAUGUUGCUAUAUUUGAUGCUGAUUUUCAACCUGAGCCUGAUUUCCUCUGGCGCACUAUUCCAUUUCUAGUCCACAACCCUGAACUUGGACUUGUUCAAGCUCGUUGGAAAUUUGUAAAUGCUGAUGAAUGCUUGAUGACACGAAUGCAAGAGAUGUCCCUGGAUUACCAUUUCACAGUGGAACAAGAAGUGGGCUCUUCCACCUAUGCUUUUUUUGGCUUUAAUGGGACAGCUGGUGUUUGGAGAAUUGCCGCAAUAGAGGAGGCCGGAGGUUGGAAGGAUAGGACAACAGUUGAGGAUAUGGACCUCGCGGUUCGCGCUAGUCUCAAGGGCUGGAAAUUCUUGUACCUUUCUGCUCUCAAGGUGAAAAAUGAAUUACCAAGUACAUUCAAGGCCUAUCGAUAUCAACAACAUCGUUGGUCCUGUGGCCCGGCCAAUCUUUUCAAGAAAAUGUUUAUGGAGAUCAUAAGAAACAGGAAAGUAUCUUUGUGGAAGAAGAUUCAUGUGAUUUACAGCUUCUUCUUUGUAAGGAAGGUUGUAGCCCACAUUGUCACUUUUGUGUUCUACUGUGUUGUAUUGCCUGCAACUGUUUUAGUACCUGAAGUUGUUGUUCCAAAAUGGGGAGCUGUUUACAUUCCUUCCAUUAUUACACUACUCAAUGCAGUUGGAACUCCAAGGUCGUUACAUCUGAUAAUAUUUUGGAUCCUUUUCGAGAAUGUCAUGUCACUACAUCGGACAAAGGCUACGUUCAUUGGCUUGUUAGAAGCAGGAAGAGUCAACGAAUGGAUAGUCACUGAGAAACUAGGAGAUGUUCUCAAGAUAAAAUCAGCCAUCAAAGCGUUCAAGAAACCUCGAUUUAGGUUUGGUGACAGACUUCAUUUAUUAGAGCUUGUCACUGGCGUGUACCUCUUCUUUUGUGGUUGUUAUGAUAUCGCCUUCGGGAAAAAUCACUAUUAUCUGUACCUCUUCAUUCAAGCAUUUGCUUUCUUCAUCAUGGGAUUCGGUUAUGUUGGCACUUUUGUUCCUAAUUCUUAAGACAAACACUGCUCGUGGACUGAUAAACAGAAUGAUUUUCAUCGGGGAAGCAACAGUGAAGCAGCACUUUCAGCAUUCUUUUUUUUUUUUCCAGUUUUUACACACGUAAAGAAGAAUUUGUUGUUCAUUCUUUUUGGUUCUAGCAUAAGGUAUUCGAGUUGAUGGCUCGAAUCUGUUUUGUUCUGUUUGUGUAUAUUUCAAGAAAGAAAAUUUUAUUGUGAAAAUGUGUAUAAAGAAGACAUGCAAGAAAAAGAAGGAUAAUAUCUUGUGCUAAUUAUAUUAGGCAUCAAGUAUUAGCUGAAUUUUGCAGCUUAUUUUUCGUUUGC